AUGUUCACUGCUCUGUUCGGCGGCGCAGUGCGCGCUGCUCAGCGCACGCAUUCACCCUUGCUCCGGCUGUCGGCCCGCGGCGCGCAUACACAGAGUCGCAUCCUCUCCGCGCUUCCCCCAUCUCUACGAUUCUCUGCGCGGCCGACCGUCAAUGUACACAAAUCGGCUCGUGGCGUCGCUACGCGCGUCCGGUUCUUUACCAGCACUCGUCUGGCUUCUCAGGCACCCGUUUCGCCCUCAGAUGCGCCGGUACCCCCAUAUACACUCUCCAACCCGGCCGUCGGUGGCUGGUUGAUGCUCUGCUCUGCUAUGGUCUUUACUGUCGUCGUGGUUGGAGGCAUCACCCGCCUGACCGAGUCCGGGCUGAGCAUCACCGAAUGGAAGCCUGUUACAGGUGUCAUUCCCCCGCGCGGUGCAGAGGAAUGGGAGGCAGAAUUUGCAAAGUACAGGGAAACGCCAGAAUACAAGAUGCUCAACGCUAACAUGACGGUCGAAGAGUUCAAACAGAUCUUUUUCUGGGAAUGGAGCCAUCGCGUCCUCGGUCGUCUCAUCGGUGUAGCAUUUGUCGUCCCGCUCGCGUACUUCACUGUUCGCAAUCGCCUCUCGCCCGGACUCCCUCUCCGUUUAGCGGGUCUGUCCCUGCUUCUCGGCGCUCAGGGUGUUAUCGGAUGGUACAUGGUCAAAUCAGGGCUCGAAGAGGAGAUCCUGCAUACACCUGGAGCGGUACCGCGUGUCAGCCAGUACCGGUUGGCGACACAUCUCGGCGCGGCAUUGGCACUCUACGUCGGCAUGUUCUACACAGGAUUGAGCAUCAUCAAGGACUGGAAGUUCGCGAAGAACGGUAGCUGGGGUGGAUACAAGCCCGGCAAUUCGCAAUGGGCCCGCGAUCUGCAGAGCACCGUUCUGCGCAACUUCAAACGUCGCGCUGGGGCUUUGACAGGUCUUGUGUUCCUGACUGCUCUCUCAGGUGCUUUCGUCGCUGGUCUUGACGCGGGUCUGGUGUACAACGAGUUCCCGUAUAUGGGAGAGAAUAUCGUACCGCCCACGGAUGAACUUUUCUCUCCCAACUAUGCCGCGAAAGACGGUACACAGUGGUGGCGCAACCUGUUCGAAAACCCUACGACUGUGCAGUUUAAUCAUCGUGUUUUGGCGGUAACUACCUAUGCCUUAACCGGUGCUUUCUGGCUCGCGACGCGUCGCAAGCUUGCUUUGCCACCAUCCGUCAGGCGAGCGACGGCCGUCGCAUUCGCGAUGGCCAACGUGCAGCUUACGCUCGGUCUCACCACGCUACUAUACAUGGUGCCUGUGCCACUCGCGGCCGCUCAUCAAGCGGGCAGUGUCGCACUUCUGUCAGCCGUUAUCCAUAUGCUCAUUGCUGCACGGCGACCCAGCGCAGCGGCGCGUGCAUGGCGCAUGUACAAUGCAGCAGCAGCGUCGACAGCCCCGAAGACGGCAAGCGCUGCGGCUUCGGCAUCGGCUGGAGUCAAAGCGGCGCUCGCCGGUGCGCCAAAAGCCGCCUUGGCUUGA